AGAAGGAGAUAUAGUGAAAGAAUUAGAUUAGAGGAGUGGAUGUUUUGUUUUGUCCGCGGAAGAGUCGUAAAAAGGGAUAGUGAUUUCAAAUUUCUAUUAUCUGAGAAUACAUUUAUGUCUCUUUCCUUACAUAGUCAUUUCUGCAACUUGCAUUGAUCCAAAGGGAUUCUUCUCCCAUGGCUUCCAAGCGGAUCCUCAAGGAGCUCAAGGACCUCCAGAAAGACCCUCCAACCUCUUGCAGUGCCGGUCCUGUAGCAGAAGAUAUGUUUCACUGGCAAGCAACUAUAAUGGGUCCCCCUGAUAGCCCUUAUGCUGGAGGUGUUUUUCUAGUUACCAUUCAUUUUCCUCCUGAUUAUCCAUUCAAGCCACCCAAGGUUGCAUUUAGGACUAAAGUUUUUCACCCAAAUAUCAACAGCAAUGGUAGUAUUUGUCUUGAUAUCUUAAAGGAGCAAUGGAGCCCCGCCUUGACAAUAUCUAAGGUGUUGCUCUCCAUUUGCUCCCUAUUGACGGAUCCAAACCCAGAUGAUCCCUUGGUGCCUGAAAUUGCUCAUAUGUAUAAGACAGACAGGUCCAAGUAUGAGACAACUGCUAGGAGCUGGACUCAGAAGUAUGCCAUGGGCUAGCAUGUUGGAACAAACAAGGCAUCAUAUUAUAAGAUAGGACGUGUUCCUUCCAUUUGUUAAAGACAAGACACUAUUUAAUUUAUAAUCUAUCUUUUCAUUCCUGCUGCUGUUGACAUUUUGAGGAUAGGUCUCAUGUUAUGCUGAAAACUAUAUAUUAAGUUAUGAACUAAAUAAUUAUCUUUUUGUUCUGCAA